AUGAUUCAUACGAUAGUAGCAUUAUUUUUUUUCCAAAAUCUCAUCGAAGAAGCCGAACUUCAAGACACUGGCACAUCUAACCGAAAGGUGGGGCAUGAGACACUCAUGGCGGAUUAUUUUCUCGAAGACCCGAAAUACAGCGAAGAUAUUUUUCAGCAUAGGUUCCGUAUUUCGAAACGUUUGUUUCUAAAAAUUGUGAGCGACGUGGAAGCGAACGACUCGUGGUUUCAAGAGGCCCUCGAUCCGCGAGGUAGGAAGGGCUUUACGUCGUUGCAAAAGGUUACAUCGGCUAUUAAACAGCUCGCAACUGGUAGCACUUCGGAUGAGAACGACGAGUACUUGCAUAUGACCGAAAGAACUUCCCACGAGUGCCUAGAAUAUUUUUGCGACACGGUUUGCAAAAUAUACGCUCCGGAGUUCUUACGUAGACCGACAAGCCACGACAUGGCACUUUUAUACGAAGAUCAUGAGGAAAAACAUCACCUUCCAGGUAUACCCGGUAGCCUUGAUUGA